CAAUUCCCAAAAACUAUACUACUUUCGAUGAUAUAUAAUGCAUGAAUAGCAACGAAGGGUUACGUUUGUUUCUCUUAAUUAACCCUUUAACCACAUACCAUACAAAGAAAAACGCGUUAAUUAGCUUCACGAGUACACAUUUAUUGUGCCUUAUUUAUUUCCAAGAAGGCACGUAUUGGUUGCUCAUUGAACAGACGAAUAAUUAAUUAAGCUUCGUUCGUAUCACCACCCCGGCCCCUGCCUCGCUAACCCUUUUUCCUAUAUAUAAAGGAGUGAUCCCCAUUUCCUUCUUUCAUUGUUUUGCUUUUGCUUAAGUGUUAACUAGCUAGGGAAAGGAGGAAGAUCAUGAGUUACUACCAGCAACAACCACCUGUGGCGGCUCCUCCUCCUCAAGGUUAUGUUCCUGAGGGAUACCUUACAAAGGAUGCUUAUCCUCCUCCUCCACCUGGGUAUUCGCAAGGCUAUCCUCAACCUGGGUAUCCGCCGGCAGGUUAUCCUCUACCCCAACCUCAGCCUCAAGUUGUUUACACUCAGGCGCCGGCGCCACCACAGAAAGAGGUUGGCUGCUUGGAGGGAUGCUUUUUCAUCGUUCUUGUCUCUGCAGUUUGGCCGGAAUCAUCUGCUGUUGCUGUCUGGAAUAUUGCUGUAUCUAAUUAAACAGAGAAUUAAUGCUUUAUUUGAUCAGAUAAAUUAAGGCUGAGAUCUUAUCGAUCUGUACUACUUUUGUUGACUCAUACCAAAUUACAUAGGAAUUAUGCUGAAAAUUAAUAUCUUGCGGA